GUUAAGAUCAAUCAAAAUCAUAUCAUCAAACACCAAUACUUAUAUAUCAAGAGAAGUAAGUCAUGGGGUUUCGUUUGUUACCGAUGAUUUCCGGUGCCAAACAAAUCUACAAAUUGCAGUCUGUUCCUAUAAGGAAUCAUCAUUCCGAUGUUCCUAAAGGACAUUUUGCAGUUUAUGUCGGAGAAAUAAAGAAGAAACGAUAUGUGGUCCCGAUAACGUACCUGAAUCAUCCUUCUUUCCGGAAAUUAUUAACGCAAGCAGAAGAAGAAUUUGGCUUUCAUCAUUCAAUGGAUGGUCUAACAAUACCCUGCAAUGUGGAUGCAUUUGUUGAUGUGACUUCUCAAUUGAACAUUUUAUGAAA